UAGAACCGUAGAGGUACUACAGUCCAGCAGAAAGUAAGAAGCAGAAGCACCUCUCACUCUCGCUCUCUCUCUUUCUUUCGAAAACACAAGAAGAAGGCGCGAACCAGUCUCUCUCUGUUUUACUGUCUCGGGUGAAGAUUUUGGAUAACUGAGAAGUGAGGACUGGCAGGAUAUUUGUGUGGUAUAUAUCAUCUGGUUACUCCUGUAUGUGAGAGAAACUAGAGUCUUAGUGCUAAAUCAUCCAUGGACUGCAACAAAGAGGAGGCAAUCAGGGCAAUGCAGCUGUCAGAAGAAAAGAUGCAGCUUAAUGAUUUUGCAGGAGCAAGGAAGUUGGCUCAAACAGCUCAACGCCUCUGCUCUGAGCUUCAGAACAUUUCUCAGCUACUAACAGCCUGUGAGGUUCAGUGUUCAGCAGAAAACAAGAUAGCUGGAUGUGAAAUGGACUGGUAUGGGAUUCUUCAGGUUCAGCGAUCUGAUAAUGAUGAGAGCAUAAAGAAACAAUUCAGAAAACUAGCGCUAUUACUUCAUCCUGAUAAGAAUAAAUUUGCUGGAGCUGAGGCUGCUUUUAAGCUGAUCAUGGAUGCAAACAGGGUGCUGGCGGACCAAGGAACUCGUUCUAAGUAUGACAAGAAGUAUAGAAAAGCUUUAGCAAAAGCUGGUAGAAUUGGAAGCUCUUCUGUACCAAUACACAAAGGAAAUGCAACCUUGAAUCCGGAGUCAAAGGCAGGAAUUGCUGCUGAUGUUGGGACUUCUAACACUGUAAAGAAAGAUAUUGGGCAUGCAGAUGGAGUAGGCAAGCAAGGUGUUGAUUCUUCCAGGUCUGGUCCAAGGUCCAAGGAUCUAGGAACUUCGAGAAAUAUGAAUAAAAAGAGAGGAAGAAGUUCAAGUUUUGAAUCCACUGAAAAUUCCAACAGAGGAAAGAGAGCUAGAGCUGAUUCUGAGCUGAAUGGAGGUGAUCACCUUAGGAGAUCUUCAAGGAGCAAGCAGAAUCUUUCGUCCAGUGAAAAGCUAAAUAAUAAUGGUGCUAUGAAUGGUGGGAUAUUAAAAAAUGAUAGGCCAACUGAUUCUGGAGCCAAUUCAGUUGUUGCAUCCGUACCAAAGGUCUUUGAGGUUCCUGAACCUGAAUUCAAUAAGUUUGCGCCCGAGGGAAAUAUUUUUAAUGCUAAUCAAACAUGGGCACUUUAUGAUCAAGUAGACGGCAUGCCAAGGUUCUAUGCUCGAGUUAAGAAAGUGCACACUCCCGGAUUUAAGGUGAAAAUCACCUGGCUCAUUCCCAAUCCAGAUGACAAAGGUGAGAUUGGUUGGGUUAAAGAAGACUUGCCAGUUGCUUGUGGUAAGUACACAAUUGGUCUCACUGAAGACAUUACAGAUCAUCUAUCGUUUUCUCAUCAGAUGCAUUGCACAAAUGGCACCGUCAGAGACUCCUUUCUGGUAUAUCCUAGGAAGGGAGAAACUUGGGCCCUCUUCAAGAAUUGGGACAUUGGGUGGAGCUCUGACCCUGCAAAGCACAAGCCAUUCGACUUCGAAUUCGUGGAAGUCCUGUCAGAUUUUUCACAAGUUUUUGGCACCAGAGUAGCUUAUUUAGCCAAAGUCAAAGGCUUUGUGAGUCUGUUUAAGCGAAGCAAGCCGCAUGGUGUCAUUUCAUUUCAAAUACCACCUGAUGAGGUGUACAGAUUCUCGCAUCGAAUUCCCUCUUUCAUGAUGUCUGGUGCCGAAAGGCGUGGUGUUCCUAAAGGUUCCUUUGAGCUUGAUCCAGCCUCUCUGCCUAGUGACUAAACUAGCAGGGACCCAAGAGUAGCAAGGUACCGAAUAUUAGCUCUAGCACUUAACCCACCACCAACUAGAUGUCCUUUCAGCUGUGUAGUCCUCAUAGUAUACAAAGUAGUCUCAUGUAUCUAAUACUCACUAAAGCUUAUGGCUUUUGGACCUUAUCCUAAUCCCCUGAAUUGAUGGGAAUAACAGCGCUAGCAAUUAUGAAACGAGCAUGAGAUGUCAAUAUAUGAGUUGAUGUAUCAUUUAUUGUGUCAUUUCCUUGAGUCUUAUUCCUAUUUACUCUCCCUUUGUCCUUGGCAUUUGACAAAGGAAAAUUUUAAGAGGUUGAGAUAUUAAGUCAGAGAGAGGUUAGAGUAGCAGCCAU